AACAGCACGUAAUCAGCUGACCAACAGCACGCAAUCAGCUGACUUCAACAGAACUUCAUACUUUCGCUUCUCCUUUUUUCACCACAACAGAUAACUCGGUAACAUAUAAAAGGUAAAAACUGUCCUAUGAGUCAGUCUGAGGAAAAAGAUGAGGGACUGCUGCCCUCAAAUGAGGAACAUGGCAGCCAGGCAGAACUCGAGAGGACUAAGCAGGAACAUUCAAACUCACCUUCACAAAGCUGUGUAUCCAUGGAGAGCCAGAGAUCCAGGGAUUACCCGAUUAGUUUCAACCAACAUGAAUCAGUUACAGAGACUAAGCAGGAACAAUUAAACUCAACUUCACAAAGCUGUGUAUCCAUGGAGAGUCAGAGAUCCAGGGAUUACCCGAUUAGUUUCAACCAACAAGAACCAGCUACAGAAGGUCACCAGACAGUGUCAGAGGGGUCCACCUAUCAUCAGACAGACUUGGACUCCGUAUUUCUGGUUGUUGAGAAGAACAUUGUUACUUUUGUGAAAAAUGAGCUGAAGACAUUCCGUAAAUUGCUGAGUCCAGAUUACCCAAAAUGCUUGGAGAGUGAAGCUAAGGAUGAGGAGAUAAAUAAUAGUGAAGAUGAAGACCAGAGAUGGAGGAGCAGAGAGGCUUUUCUGAAAAUCACACUGCAGGUCAUGAGACGAAUGAAACAUGGAGAGCUGGCUGACUCUCUGCAAAACAGAGCUUGUGGGGCCAUGUGUCCAUAUGAACUCAAAUCAAGUCUAAAGAAGAAGUUUCAGUGUGUGUUUGAGGGGAUUGCCAAAGAAGGAAAUCCAACUCUUCUGAAUCAGAUCUACACAGAGCUCUAUAUCACAGAGGGGAGAUUUGCACAGGUCAACUCUGAUCAUGAAGUCAGACAGAUUGAAGCAGCAUCCAGGAAAUCAGAUGGAAUUGAGCCAAAAAUCAAACAAGAAGACAUAUUCAAACUCUCUACUGAAAGAGAUGAACCAAUUAGAACAGUCAUGACAAAGGGAGUGGCUGGCAUUGGGAAAACAGUUUUAACACAGAAGUUUGCUUUGGACUGGGCUGAAGGCAAAGGCAACCAGCAUAUACAAUUCAUAUUUCUAUUUUCUUUUAGAGAGCUGAAUGUGCUGAAAGAGAAAAGGUUUAGUUUGGUGGAACUUGUUUAUCACUUCUUUCCUGAAAUGAAAGAAGGAGGAAUCUGCAGGUUCCAGGAUUUUAGGGUUUUGUUUAUCUUUGAUGGUUUGGAUGAGUGUCGACUUUCACUGGACUUCCACAAAACUGAUAUCCUGACUGAUGUUACAGAGUCCACCUCAUUGGAUGUGCUACUGACAAACAUCAUAAGGGGGACAUUGCUGUCCUCUGCUUGCGUGUGGAUAACUACACGACCUGCAGCAGCCAAUCAGAUUCCACCUGAGUAUGUGAACAUGGUAACAGAGGUUAGAGGUUUCAAUGACAUGCAGAAGGAGGAAUACUUCCGCAGGAGAUUCAGUGAAGAAGAGCAGAGAAGCAGAAUUAUUUCCCAUAUCAAGAGGUCACGAAGCCUCCACAUCAUGUGCCACAUCCCUGUCUUCUGUUGGAUCUCUGCUACAGUUCUGGAGAAGGUAUUAAAAACAAAAGAAGGAGGAGAGCUGCCCAAGACCCUAACUGAGAUGUAUGUUCACUUUCUGGUAGUUCAGUGCAAACUGAAGAACAUCAAGUAUGAUGGAGGAGCUGUGACAGAUUCACACUGGAGUCCAGAGACCAAAAAGAUGAUCGAGUCAUUGGCAAAACUUGCUUUUGAGCAGCUGCACAAAGGGAACCUGACCUUUUAUGAAUCAGAUCUGACAGAGGGUGGCAUUGAUAUCAGAGCAGCCUCAUUGUACUCAGGAGUAUUCACACAAGUUUUUCAAGAGGAAAGCGGAUUGUACCAAGACAAGAUGUUCUCCUUUGUUCAUCUGAGUGUGCAGGAGUUUCUGGCUGCUCUUCACGUUUAUCUGACAUUUUUCAAUUCUGGAGUCAAUUUGAUGUCAGAAGGAACUUCUGUGUGGUCCAGACUGUUUAAAGCCAAACCUGAUUCAGUAUCUCUCUACCAGAGUGCUGUAGACCAGGCCUUACAGAGUCCAAAUGGACACCUGGACCUAUUCCUGCGCUUCCUCCUUGGUUUAUCUUUGGAGAACAAUCAGAGACUGCUACAUGGUUUAGUGAAAGAGACAGAAAGCAGCUCACUGACCAAUCACAAAACAGUCCAGUACAUCAGGAAUAAGAUCAGUUCCACUUCCUGUCCAGAGAAGAGCAUCAACCUGUUUCAUUGCCUGAUUGAGCUAAAUGAUUGUUCUCUAACAAAAGAGAUACAACAACACUUGAGCUCAGGACGUCUGCCCAUUGAUAAACUGUCUACUUCUCAUUGGUCAGCUUUGGUCUUCAUUUUACUGUCAUCAGAAGAAGAGCUGAAUGUGUUUGACUUGGAUAAAUACUCUGCUUCAGAGGAGGUUCUUCUGAGGCUGCUGCCAGUGGUCAAAGCAUUUACUAAAGCUGUGGUGAGUUGCCAUGACCUGUCAGAGAGAAGUUUGAAGCCUCUGGCCUCAGUUCUCAGCUCCCAGUCUUCCAGUCUGAGAAAACUAGACCUGAAUUACAACAACCUGCAGGAUUCCAGAGUGAAGCUGCUCUGUGAAGGAUUACGGAGUCCACACUGCAAACUGGAAACACUCAGUCUUUGUUGCUGCAACCUGUCAGGAAAAAGCUGCGAGGCACUGGCUUCUGUUCUCAGCUCCCAGCCCUCCAGUCUGAGAGAGCUGGACCUGGACAACAAUGAUUUGGAGGAUUCAGAUGUGAUGCUGCUCUGUGAAGGACUGAAAAGCCCAGAAUGCAGACUGGAAACUCUCAGGCUGUCAGGAUGUCUGAUCACAAAGAAAGGCUGUGCUUCGGUGGCUUCCGCUCUCAGUUCUAACCCAGCCCACCUGAAAUUGUUGGAUCUGAGUUACAAUCAUCCAGGAGAAUCUGGAGUUAAGCUGCUCUCUGCUGGAAGAGAGAAUUCAAACUGGGUACUGAACGAUCUCAGGAUUGAACCCCGUGGAUCACAGUUCUUAAAACCUGUUCUGCAGAAGUAUGCCCGUAAACUCACACUGGACCCAAACACUGCAAACAAAAACCUUAUAAUGUCAAACAACAACAGAAAAGUGGCAGUGAGUAGACAGACGCAGUCAUAUCCUGAUCACCCAGAGAGGUUUGACUACUGGAAACAAGUGCUGUGUACAGAGGGUCUGUCUGGUCGUUGCUAUUGGGAGGUUGAAUGGGAAGGACAUAUUUACUUAGGAGUGACAUACAAAGGAAUCAGGAGGAAAGGGCAAGAGGAUGACAGCUGUCUUGGAUGCAAUGAUCAGUCGUGGACCCUGAUGUGCUCUAAUGGUGGUUACUCUUGCCAACAUGGUAACAAAAGAAGAUCCAUCCGUACAACUGCUACCAGCAGAACAGGGGUAUACCUGGAUUGGCAUGCUGGCACUCUGUCCUUCUUUAAAGUCUCCUCUGGCAAACUGAUCCACCUCCAGACCUUCCGUACUGAAUUCAAGGAGCCAGUCUACCCUGCUUUCAGGGUCAGGACUGAGCCAUUUAACUCAUCGCUGGCUUUGUGUUAGAUAAGUUUUUGUUUGAAGCUCAUCUCAGAUGCAGUAGGGCGACAGAUCAGGGCCAUAGUUUAAAGUCACUAAUACUUUUCCUAUAGUUGGCCAUUCAGCAUGUCUGAGUAAUUACGGUAAUCAAAGAGGCCUGCUCUGGCACAGAAGUCUCAAGCAGUUGAGUCUAGCUAGGGUUAGGUCAGGCUAGUUCAAGUUAGCUGGCCCACAGCCUGAAGUUUAGCUGGCUUGUGGGAACAUUCAUGAAGUGGUCGGUUUAAUCACAGUUUCUGAGGAUCCCUGCAGAGUUUUAGUCUCAGAAGAAACUGGUUGUAACUCCAGGGAUUAAGAAAAAUCAUAAGGCCAAGCAGGCUCUGGUGUGGGUUUGCCAUUUGUGUCACCUUGACCCAGUUGGAGCAGGGUAUCGGCUUGGAGCUGGCUGCGGUGCAGGACCUUCGAGAGGCUGGGCAACAGCAUCUUCAUCACUCAGUACAGUAGCGAUGAGGCUAGGGUGCUGGGAAACUUGACUUUGGCUGGCUGUGCAAGUGUCGAACUUGCUGGCUCCAGCAGCGAAGAUGUGGAGCUCGAGUCUUGAGUGUGGGUAUGAAAUUUACAAAGUAUCACAGCCAUUUAUUCAAUGGUUUCCUUGUAUAUUUUGCAGAAUUGUCAGAAUUCUGAACUUCAAAAGGGAAAUAAAUUAAUUGAGAAAAAAAUCUAAAUUGUGAGAUUAUUCACUCAACCAUAGCAAAACUGUACAUUUUGUAUAAGUUGCACAAAGUUUCUGUAAAUAUACUGUAACUGUUACAAUGUAAACUUCUUUUAAUGUCAGUGCUUGUAUGGAAAGUAAAACAAGGCAGUAGGCUUUGUUUUAUUUAACCUAUUAUUGUCACGGCGGGGUGCGCCGGUGUGAAGAAGACCCAGAUGCAGACACGGUGGAGACAAAACGAAGUUUCAAAAUAAAGCGAGCCUUUAUUGUGGCUGAUGGCACAAGAAACAUGAAAUUAGGGUAACUAAGGAGACUAUGAACACUGCGUUAACAAAGGGGUGUGACACUCAGUGAAAAAACUAUGAACACUGAGUAAACUAGGAAACACAGUGAAACAAUGAGGCAAACCUAUGAAAUCUGGUGGUGAGGAUAACAGAUGAUCUGACAUAGACUGAGCGGAAACACACAGACUAAGUACACAUAAGGAAUGAUCAGGGGAAGCGGAAUCACAUGGGGAAAACAGCUGACAGCAAUUAACAUAAUGACAGGACAGGGGACGUGAAGCUAAAUAUAAUAAACAAAAAACACAAGGCUCCUUCAAAAUAAAACGGGAAACAUAAUGAGACCCAGACAUGACUCGAACUUGACAGAUAAAGAAAACUUGGACAUGAAACAUGAAAGAUAAACACACGAAGACUUAACACAGAAAACUUCACCCAGGGAUGAGACAAAUGGGGAGCUUGAUAAAUCAUGAACUAAAACUGUAACCUAGGCAUGACAGAAUGUAACUAGAUAAACUGAAAUGAAACUAGACUGAAAAGAAUAACAAAAACAUCAAGAAACUCAGAAUACUGAGUCACAUGACCCAGGACCAUGACAAUUAUAACUUCCAAAUGUAAUGUCAUUAUUUUUGUCAACUAAGAACGUGCAGAAAAGGUUUCUUGAACAUUUUUCACAAUAUUUUAUUGUGAGCAUGUAAAGAUUUUGCAAAAUGGUAAUGUGUAUGUGACUCAGCAGUACAUUUUAAAACUAACAUUGAAAUCAGACUUCAGGCAUUGAAAACUUUAUUUUCUGUGUUUAUUGUCACUUUAAUAUUGCUGUUAUUCAAAAAUAAAUGUUUGUCAUUAAAGAGAAUUUCAGUCAUAUA